AUGUCUCCGGCAUCACAGCUGGCGGGCUGGACAUCCAUAUCCUCCCUGCAGGGACAGAUUAACCCACGAAAAUUUCUGACAGAACAAGACCUGGAGUCGUUGCGCAUCCUGUUCCCGAAAGCAAUCGGGGCCCAGUUACUGAUUGCAGGCUUCCUUCGCAUGUUGUUCGAUAGCAUCGUAGACGUGGAGCGGACCCACAACCUCGGCUACCCGGGUGAGGUGGGUGGGCUUGUUGUACUUCUAGAUACAGCAACGUUUAAUGCAACAGCACAAAAUAUCGAAUCAGGUGCAGUUGUCUCGGAUACAGAGGCAAAAUCGGUCGGGUGUUUGGGGUUGACGUUGAAAUUGCCAGGAGGAAAGACGGUUUUAACAACAGUGACCCACGCUUAUGUGCGCAAUCCUGCAUUGCCAGUGGUUCUCAUGCGUGUUGCAGCUUGGGUAAUUCGGGCAAAGAACGCACUCUAUCGUUUUCUAAAUCCCCACUUAGACCGGGAUUCUCGCGCGUACGGUGUCGGGAUGAUUACCAACUGCUUCGACAACCCAAGCCCUAUACUCCCGUUUCCGGUCGGGUACCGGCAUGACCUCUCCUUAAUCGAGGGAGAAACUCUACCUGAAGUGGUGAGCCCUCAUGAGUAUCCUAUCAUCUCUGCAUGGGCCCCGUACGAAAAAGUCCUUGCGGGGGUGCCGCUAUAUGCUGUGGCUCUCAAUGCUCAGACACAAAACUGGAGAGUCGUUGAAGGGGCAAAGGUAACGCCCGCAGUGGCGAAUUCGGUCCUUCUAGGAAGUGAGUAUGUUUGGGAUCGUGAAGCGAGUGAUCAGGCUGUUGCAAUGCUGUGGCGGUCUAAGGAUGAUGUAGGCAGCGCGGGAGGUUACUUUGGCUCAGUGCUGUGUACUAGCAUCCCGACAGAUCAGCAUGGCGAAGCUGUUGUUUUUCAAAAUUAUGAGACUGGUCUAAGGAUGUGGGAGUCAGAAGGAUCCUCAUUGCUCGCAAACAUAAAAGCUGGUUUUCUGUUACCUGGGGAGAUCCGUCUACAAGUGACUUGCCCACCAAAACUGUCAACUUGA